GAACAAAGGGUGGAGUGUGAGACCUUCCUCGCUUUUGUCGUAAGUUAACUGGCACUCUGCUCUGCUUCUAGGGUUUUCCAUUUCCAUUUUCUUUCAUCUUCUAUACUUCGAGAUGAGUCGGCACCCUGAGGUAAAGUGGGCCCAGAGGCCAGGCAAGGUUUAUGUUACAGUUCUAUUGCCAGAUUCCCAAAAUGCGAAGGUCAAUCUUGAUCCAGAGGGAGUUUUUACAUUUUUUGCUAAUGCUGGGGCAGGGAACCACGUCUAUGAAUUGAAGCUUGAUCUUUUUGAUAAGGUUAACGUAGAGGAGAGCAAAAUAAAUGUGGGGGUGAGAAGUAUAUUCUGUGUUUUGGAGAAAGCAGAAAACAAAUGGUGGACGAAACUACUGCGCGGAGAUGACAAGGCACCGCACUAUGUGAAAGUAGAUUGGGAUAAAUGGGUGGAUGAAGAUGAGGAUGCUGGUCCUGCUGACUCAGAUGUAGGAGGCAUGGAUUUCUCUAAAUUGGGCGGCAUGGGCGACAUGAUGGGAGGCAUGGGCGGCAUGAUGGGCGGAAUGGGCGACAUGAUGGGAGGCAUGGGCAAUGAUGGUAUGGGUGACGAUUUUGAUGACAGCGAUGAAGAGGAUGAAGAAAUUACCAAGCCUGAAGAGGAAAACACUGUUAAGGCAGGAGAGGAAGUGAAAGCAGGGGGACUCGUCAUAAAUAAAGUGGAAGAAACUCCAGGAGGGAAAGCAGAAGCUGGGGCGAGCACCUGAAUGAUAUAGUUCAGGACGUCAUUGCAGCAUAUCUUUGGCUUUAAGCUUUGACACUUUGGUCUUUGAUGAUUUAAUCAAGACAUGCUUUUUCUAACAGAGUGCCCAAAUUUUCGUUUGGACAAAUAUUGUUCUAUCCUUUCUAUUUGAAUUUGGGUGUUGUUUUAUUAACAGGGUGCUAUUAUGGAUGAUAAUCCGAAAGUGAGUAAUGUUGGAAAGACAUUAUUAUUUAUUGGCUUUCACUAGUAUGGGCCAUUCUAUCUCAUGUAUUUGUUUUUUUUUUGGUUACUGUUGCAACUUUUUAAGCAGGUGCUCAGCUGAGAAAAAAGUUCAACUUUUGACUCACGUGUGUGUGUGAUAGGAUACAAGAGCAAUACAGGACAUCAGGUACUGCCCAGUGCUGGGAUUCUAGCCUAAGACCAUUAAGCUUCUGUAAUUUGAUUGACCGAGGGACCAUGCC